UCUCCUAGCAACUCGUUAGAUAUAGUAAACGUAUGCAGGAAAUAGAUUUCUUUCAGUUUAAGGCAUGAACGUCCUUGCGCAGACCCGUGCCCUAAGCUACAAAACAAAAUUUCACUUGUUUUUACAGUCUUAUUUCUCUCCAAGCUAAAAUUUGAAAACCAACGAAGAAACAUCAAGAUGAGAGGAAAGCAGCUAUUUUGGGUUCAGCUUAAAACCCUCAUUUGGAAGAAUUUUGCCCUGAAAAGACGCAACUGGAUUUUCUUCUUGCUUGAACUCAUCUCACCUUUGGUGCUGUUCUUCAUAAUAGUGAUCGUGCGGUUGAAAAGACCUCCAAUUGACAGGCCAGCGUGUCAUUUGAAACCAAAAGCUUUGCCGUCGGCGGGGUUCUUUCCGUUCUUGCAGACGUUCGUGUGUGGAAUCAACAACGAGUGCUAUGAGUACCCACCGGAGGCAGAUCGAGAGAGCUCGUUGUCUGGAGAUUUCAUCAAUGCGUACAUUUCGCUGUUUGCAGAUGAUGAUUUCACGGAUACAAUAGAUUGGGUCGUCCAAUCAGGAGCCAUCGAACUUCUGCAACCAGGUGGCUUGUUCAACCUCGACGACGAUUCAAUCACACUCUCAAACGAGACCCGAGAUGCACUCGACAACUCUCUUCUCAAUAUCACCAACUUCUUUCUGGGCGAAAAUGGACUGGGCACUGGAGAAGACAGCAUCAUCGUGUUCAUCAAUGCGGCUUUGACGCCAUUGCGGGACUUCAAACUGUGUACCGGGGACCAAUUGACGAAUAAUGUCAUCUUUACAAGAGCUGCUGACAAUCGAACGCUUGUUUCGGAGGAGCUAUGCGCGUUGAGCAAUGGUGACCAAGAAAAACUGGUGCAACCCGUGAAUGAAGUCGCAGACUACUUCAACCCUAUAUCUGCAAUCACAAACCUACUUAGACUCUAUGGGGCACUGGAAAGAUACAAUAUCCUGGAUCUGACCACGAGUGCGUUCCAAGACAUACAGAGCACAGCUGGAUCAUUUCAGACCGGUGGCGGGAGAGACUUCAUGCAGUCCAAUUCUCUAGAUUCUCUGUUAACCUUCACUUGUGGAAGAAGCUCUUCCUUGACUGGCUUGCUUUCUGUCGGAUCGGUAGAAGAGACUGCCGAGAGUCUUGGAGUCUCCUUUGGAGCAAACAACUACAAAAACGACGAGGAGUUCUCUGAGACUUGCAAUGCUUUGUUCGAAUCGUUGGAGUCCAGCGUUGUGUCUAGGACUGUCUGGGACUAUAUUAAGCCAAUUUUCCUCGGAAAAGUAUAUUAUUCGCCAGAUACCCCGGCAAGUAAUCGAAUCAUGGCUGCUUUCAAUCAAACUUUUCAAGAGGUCGGCGAAUUGUUUAGUUUGAUCAAUUUAGUCGAAUUAUCUCGUGAUCAGAUUUUCACUCAGUUGUAUGAAUACUUCGAGAACUCAAAUGUAGGCGGCGACAUAGCAACGUCAAUACCGUUUCUCGAUACUAUAAUCACAAUUGCGCCGAUAUUUUACGAUUUUCCGACCAAUUUCAAUGUUACACCUCAGGUGUUUUUCUCAAAUGACAGACCUAUAGGCGAUCAGCGAUUUGUAACUUGGCAAGACUUAUUUAAUUCAACCUUCGAAGCUAUAGCGAUGGCUUCGCAAUACUUUCAAUGUGUGCCCACAAAUCGCUUGCAGGCUUUCGAAUCUGAAGAUAUCUUGAUCGAAACGGGAAGCGAUUUGUUGAAACAGGGCAAAGUGUGGGCGGGAAUUGUGUUCACGAACAUAGAUCCAGCGUCCACUUCGGACACUGUUCCGCCUCAUUUGAAGUACAAGGUCAGAAUGAACACUGAUAAGGUGGAUUCUACGGAUAGUAUCAUCGACAGAGUUUGGUUUCCGGAUCCAAGAACAAACUUCCUAAAUGAUUUAAAAGCGUAUACAUCGGGUCAAGUUUUUGUGAUGGAUCUUUUGGAAAAAGCUGUCAUCAAAGUUCAAUCGGGAAAUAGCAAGUAUUUCACAGAAACAGGAACAUGGUUGAAACAGUUUCCAAGUCCUUGUUAUAAAGAAGAUCAAUUUCUGUGGGCGAUAUCGAGGACCAUACCCCUUUUCAUGGUGUUGGCAUGGCUUUUCAGCGUGGGCAUGAUCGUCAAAGGAAUUGUAUACGAAAAGGAAACCCGAUUGAAAGAGGUUAUGAAAAUCAUGGGCCUUGGUAAUUCGAUUUUGUGGCUCUCGUGGUUCUUAUCAACCUUCAUCAUGCUUUUCACCGCCUCAAUUUUGCUCUCAUUAAUUCUCAAACUGGGAACCGUUUUGGCAAACAGUAACUUCUUUUUGACAUGCUUCAUGUUUGUUUCUUUUACUUUUCCGACAAUUACUUUUUGCUUCUUCGUUUCGACUCUGUUCUCGAAGGCUAACUUGGCAUCUGCCUGUGCGGGAAUCGCUUUUUUCUGCGCAUACUUGCCAUACACUCUAUUUCUAACAUGGGAACGCUAUAUUACCAGUAAUGCUAUAAAAUACGCUUUGUGUCUUUCGUCUAAUGCGGCUUUUGGCUUUGCGUGCAGCUAUUUUGCGUACUUUGAACAACAAGGUACUGGUGUACAAUGGGAUAACAUAAACACAAGUCCGAAUUACAAAGAUAAUUUCAGCCUUCUUGAAGUCAUUUUUAUGAUGUAUCUUGACGCUGUUAUUUAUCUACUACUGGCAUUGUACAUUGAACAGGUUUUCCCAGGAGCUUAUGGAGUCCCAAAGAAAUGGUAUUUCGUGUUCCAGAAGAGUUUCUGGAUCGGAGAGUCGAAUGAGGUCACAGUUGAAGAUGCGAAAUUACACUUUGACCCAACAUUUUCAGUUAAGGGUCCCAGUUUUGAAGUUGAAGAGGUAUCGGGCGAGAAAAUAGGAGUUCAGCUGAGGGACAUGACUAAAAUCUACCCUACGGGUAAAAAGCUAGCGGUCGAUCAACUUUCGAUGAACUUCUACGAAAAUCAAAUCACAUCUUUCCUCGGUCACAAUGGAGCAGGUAAAACAACAACCCUUAGUAUAAUAACUGGACUAUUUUCACCGACUUCUGGAACUGCGUUUGUAAAUGGUCUGGAUAUUAGAAAGCACAUGGACGAAAUCAGACGAUCAGUUGGAAUGUGUCCGCAAUAUAACGUGCUUUUUGACCGAAUGACAGUGGCGGAGCAUCUUUAUUUCUACGGAAAAUUGAGAGGCAGAGGCAACGAUGACAUCAAAAGAGAUACGAUUAAGUUGCUGAAGGAUCUGAACUUGCCGCAUAAAUCUGACGAGUACGCGGAGAAUUUGUCGGGAGGAAUGAAGAGGAAAUUGUCGGUUGCUGUGUCCUUUGUAGGUGGGAAUAAGACUGUGAUUUUGGACGAGCCGACGGCAGGAGUGGACCCGUUCAGCAGGCGAGGUAUUUGGGAGUUGCUGUCGAAAUACAAGGAAGGCAGAACCAUCAUUCUCUCCACCCAUCACAUGGACGAAGCCGAUGUCCUCGGAGACCGAAUCGCCAUAAUAGCCAACGGAAAGCUCCAGUGCUCUGGAUCUUCUCUAUUUCUUCGUAGACAUUUUGGAGACGGAUAUCUGCUCACAAUCGCCAAGAAACAAAUUGAGAAAACUGAUGAUGCGGAACAUUCGAACUCUGCCAUUGACUCAAUUCGAAUUGAUAAAGACAUCGAGAAUUUCGUCACCGCAAAUUUUUCAGGAGCUUCAAUCUUGAAGAGCAUCGGCCAAGAACUCACGUUUGUCCUCCCAUAUUCAGGGCUAGAAAGUGGCUCUUUUAAUAUAUUGUUUGAAAAGUUGGAGAAAGACGCCACUAAGCUUGAGAUUUCGGACUAUGGACUAUCGGAUACGAGCUUAGAGGAGAUUUUCAUUAAAGUCGCUGAUCAGGCACCGGAACAUGCUGGUGAUGGCGGUGAUGGAGUUGUUCCGACGGUCCGCACAUCUUUCCGGAAGAGCAGGAAACCUUUGACAAACGAACAAGCUGAGAAUAAAGGUCUGGUAAAUGGUGACUUUACAGAUAAUGAUACUGACAAUGACUUAGACAAUGACACUGAUCUAGAUCAAGUCAAAUUCAAGCAACCAAAUUCAAUCGGCACAGGCUGUAUGAACGGUAAUGCUGAUGAAGCCGUGGUUCGUUUUAAGCAAGCUGAUAGAGUCGAAGCUAAAGACUUUGCUCAACUGAAUGUCCCGAAAGUCCAAGGAGCCAAACUCCUAUGGCUUCAAUUUCGAGCCCUUUAUACAAAGCGAUUCCACCAUCUUCGCAAGGACAAGAAAGCGUUCUUGACACAAAUUUUACUCCCUGCAGGUUUUGUGUUCUUGGCUAUGUUUUCCAGCAUGCUAGCACCUGAUUCGGUAGAUCAGCCAAGUUUGGAAUUGCAACCUUGGAUUUACGGAGAUAAUCACUGGAUGUUUUAUAGUGAUUCUUCUGGCAAUGACGAUCACGUAAAAAGAGCAAUAAGCGAGUUCCUGUCUAAACGGCCUCAUCACUCGACUCGAUGCGUGAAAGGGUAUGAAAUUGACGAGCACCCUUGCUAUCCGACUAUUGAGGCCGCGUCUUUUUCGUCUGAAGUUUCCAGCUCAAUUUUGAACUCAUUUAACCCUGAUUCCGAGAGUCCUUCGCCACAGUGCAGCUGCAAAACAGGUCACAGCGUAUGUCCAGCAUUUGCUGGAGGACCGCAGCCAGCUGAAAAACAAUUAGCAACAACUGAUAAACUUCAGGAUUUGACCGAUAGAAAUAUAUCAGAUUAUCUUGUGAAAACAAGAUUGGAGUACAGACUGCAAAGGUUCUACGGGUUUGAAUUCGAAGGAGCGGAAUCAGAUUUCAACUUGACUCAGACUCAAAUUCUAAACACUGUUGACUCAAUUUACAAUCUGCUUGACAGUCAGGGAUUCUUUGAAGGUAUUAAUAAUACGUACAAUAGUGGACUGUCAUGGAAGUACGUCAUGGACGAGCUGAGAGAUCUGAUCAAUGCUUCGGUAGCUCCUAACAAUGUCAAAGUAUGGUGGAACAACAAAGCACAUCAUGGCAUGUUGAGCUCGGUGAAUGCUAUGCACAAUGUAUUGUUAAGGAGUUCACUUCCGGACAGUGUAUCGCCGAAUGAUAAGGCGAGGUAUGGGAUCACAGCUUACUCUCAUCCGUGGUCACUCACCAAAGAUCAACUGCAAGAGGAGGUGCUGAGAAGAAGUGGUCGAGACAUAGUUGUUGGAAUCUGUGUAAUUUUCGCUAUGAGUUUCGUUCCAGCUAGUUUUAUACUGUACCUCAUAGACGAACGUGUCUCAAAGUCGAAACAUCUCCAAUAUGUCAGUGGUGUCAACCCUGGAAUCUUCUGGCUGUCAACAGCUGCCUGGGAUUUCACAAACUACUUGGUCCCCGCGCUUCUAUGCAUACUGAUUUUCCUGGUGUUCCAAGCCGAAGCGUACGUUAGCAGUAACAAUCUACCCUGUCUCAUUCUACUGUUGAUUCUAUAUGGCGUCAGUGUGACUCCAUUAAUGUACCCUGCUUGUUACAUAUUCGGGAUCCCAAGUACUGCGUACGUUCUGCUAACUGGCAUCAAUGCUUUCAUCGGCAUAAACGCAACAGUUGCCACUUACAUUCUAGACUUCUUUCCCAGCGAUGAGGAUCUAAAUCUGUGGAACUCAGUUUUGAAGAAAGUGUUCCUCAUUUUCCCUCAGUUUUGUCUGGGACGUGGUCUGUUCGAAAUGGCACUGAAUCAGAUUCUAGCGGAUCAGUUGGGACAAUUCGGAGAAUAUGAGUUCCAGAGUCCUCUGAAUUUUGAUAUAGCGGGAAAGCAUAUUUUUGCAAUGGCAGUGCAGUCGGUUGGAUUUUUCAUGCUGGUGUUGCUGAUUGAACCGGUAUCCUGGCUGAUCAUAAAUCUGUUGGCGGUGGAUAGGAAGCCUUCGUCUGUAGACGUAGAGUACGAAGAGGAUGUGAAUAGUGAAAGAAGCAGAGUUCUAUCGGGUGCUAGUGACAAUGACCCAGUUGUGGUGAAGCGACUGAGGAAGAAGUAUGGACGGAAGUUUGUGGCAGUGAAGGACCUCUGCUUUUCAGUGCCCCCAGGAGAGUGCUUCGGACUACUUGGGGUCAACGGGGCAGGAAAGACUACCACGUUCAACAUUCUCACAGGAGAUGACAUUGCAAGCAGCGGUGUAGCCAUAAUUGGGGGCCACGACAUUGGCACGGAACUAAACAGUGCCCGGAAGAAGGUUGGAUUCUGCCCACAAUUCGACGCACUAGACCCACUUCUCACAGUGCGGGAACACGUUGCACUCUAUGCUAGGCUCCGCGGCAUCCAGAACCAAGACGUGGCCCAAGUGGCUGAUGGUUGCAUUGUGAAAAUGGGGCUGAGUAAGUACAGGAAUAAGCAAUGUGGAACUCUGAGUGGGGGAAAUAAGAGGAAGUUGUCGACUGCAAUUGCUCUUGUAGGGGAUCCGCUGAUAAUAUUCUUGGAUGAACCGACUAGCGGAAUGGAUCCAAAAGCUAGACGGUAUCUUUGGCAAUGCAUCCACGAUGCAAUAUCGGAAGGCCGAUCAGUAGUUCUCACUUCACACUCCAUGGAAGAGUGUGAAGCGCUUUGCACAAGACUGGCCAUAAUGGUCAACGGCCAAUUCAAAUGUCUCGGCACAUCACAACACAUUAAAACAAAAUAUGGAGACGGUUAUGUCAUUCAGUUGAAGAUGCCGAAUGGAUGCUGUGAACAAGUCGAAGAGUUUUUCUGUUCACACUUUCCAACCGCGAAAAUUAUGGAAAAACUGCCGACACUGGUAGUUUUCCAACUGGGCCAAAUGGAGGCAAAGUUGGGAGACUUGUUCAGAGUGAUAGAAAAAGGAAAGAAAACCAAGAUUCAAAUCCCAGUCUACACCGGAAGACGUGAACUUCAAAUGCUGCAGUGUGAACUAAUCGAAGACUACUCCGUCAGUCAAACUACUUUGGAUCAAGUGUUUAUCAACUUCGCCAAAAACCAGUCGGAUAUUGUUCCUCUUGGCAACCAAGUUUCAGCAGAUAAUAACGAAAGCUUCGAAAUAUCUCUAACUAAACCAAGAUUGGCUGCUCAAGGAGGAAGUAUGCCAAGUUUGAUCACAGACGUGGAAGCUAAUGCGCGAAGUUCGAACCAUAACACACCACAAGCUAAGAAGUAUCUGGUCAGCUCGCCAAUUCCAGCCAAUGAUGUGGAAGCUCAACUGAAUGAUACUUUUCAAGAAAGCCAGAUCUUGUUGCCGGAGUAUCAAGUAGUCGAUACCCCUGCAAGUGUGAGUAUAGCGGACAAUUCUGCCACUGCUCAAAAACCACCCGCAGUGAUAGUUUCGCAAGUAAUGCCACUGGCACCAACUGCAGAUGUACCAGGAGAAAAGCAGGUCAAAACUGAGGAAAUCAAAGAUGACGUUAAGGAUCACGCUAUAGAUGAGAAGGAUGAGCCGAAAUCAACGACUGUGGCAGGAGGCGCCGCAAAUGUCAACGCAGAUGAUCCCAGCAGCUCAAACAAUGUUUCGGUUGAAGCCACAGAUUCCAGCCCUCCACAGGAAGUAUCAGACAAAGAUAGCUUAGGCACAAGUAACAGUGGCGAGGACGAACAUGUGAACAACAAUUAGGUCAAGCAAAAAUGCACCAAGUUAUAGGCAAUACUCGUAACUAAUUAUUGUACAACAAAAUUAUCGCAAUAAAAAUGUUGCUAUACACUACAGAAACAAAGUCAAAUCCAUCUGUCCUGUUAUUUUUUAAAGAGCCAUCACCAAAAACCCUUUCUAAAUUUCUAUCUUUUAUGCCUUAUUUAAUCUUUUGUUUGCGUAAUCAAAAAUGUUUUCCACGUUUGACGUUGAACUCUCCAUUUUUGUUUAAAAAAAUAAAAUUUAGUUUUCAAGCUUAUCAGAAUUGUGCAAUUUUUUAAUGUAGAAUUGAUAGAUUUGAUCAAUUGGAAUAAUUUAAGUGUCAAUGAACCUAUUGAAGAAAGACACUUAU